UUUUUUUUUUUUUUUUUUGGCAGGAGCCACCUACGUGUGUUUGUAGAAGCUUGGCCGUCAUGUCAUCAUCUUUUAAUUGCAAACAUACAAUAAAACUGCAGGCAGCGUGCAGCCAUAGUAACGCCACGCCGCUCUUCUCCCCGAAGUGAUGUGAAUGGAAAGUGGAAAGCCGCUCCUGCUCCUCCUCCUCCUCCUCUCUGGGUUUAAGGUAUAAAGGGAGUCUCCUCCCGCCGGCGUUAUGGACGUGGCGGAGGUAGGCGAGGAGGAGCCCAGAUUCCAGCAGCCUCUGCCGCCUCCAGCAGCUGCCAGUGUGAGCGGAUGCGCCGAUGAUGGGAGCGGCGGCGGGGGGACCGAGAUGAAGAGAUUCACGCUUGGAGGCGGGGCCGCGCGCAAAAACUCCAACAACAACAACGAGCUGUGGCUCCUGCAGGACGAGGACUCCCUUAAGGAACCGCUGAGCGCCGCUGACAGCGCCGCCUCUGCUCUGUUAUGCCCGGGGGAAGCUGCUGGCGGCCGGGGCGGCACGGUUUCGGUGGCAAGCGUGGCGGGAGCGGGGCGCGUCGGAAUGAUAUGCAACAAGAACGGAGACUGUAGAAGGGACCCGACCAGUUCAGGGAGCCUGUCUUCUCUCAUCUCCAGGCAAGAGAAGCAGGCAGAUGGAGCCGUAGGGAGUGAGGACAUAAAGGGGCAGGCUGGGGCGAUGGACGCUUCUGUCCCUUCAGCUGGGUCCCUAACUCAGGGGCCCGCCGGGACCGAGGUCAAGACUGCCGCUGCGACGGAGAAGAAGGACUCCAGAGUUUCCUUCUCCAACGCCCCGACUAGUAAAGGUCAGACCCCGAGUCUGCAGUCGAGAAACUCUGUCACUUUCACUAAAGCGGAGGACAGUUCUCAGAUAGUCCCGGACGAUGGGGACUCCAGGGGGAACCAGACGUACAUGCAGCGGCAGUUCAGCUCCAUGCUCCAGCCUGGAGUUAACAAAUUCUCCCUGCGCAUGUUCGGGAGUCAGAAGGCGGUGGAGAAGGAGCAGGAACGCGUAAAGUCUGCGGGGAACUGGAUUAUCCACCCAUACAGUGACUUCAGGUUCUACUGGGACUUCACCAUGCUGAUGUUCAUGGUCGGCAACCUGAUCAUCAUCCCGGUUGGCAUCACCUUCUUCAAAGACGAGACCACCACGCCCUGGAUCAUCUUUAACGUGGUCUCAGACACCUUCUUCCUCAUGGACCUGGUGCUCAACUUCAGGACAGGCAUUGUGUUCGAGGACAACACCGAGAUCAUCCUGGAUCCUAAGAAGAUCAAGAAGAAAUACCUGAAGAGCUGGUUUAUCGUGGACUUUGUUUCCUCCAUACCUGUGGAUUAUAUCUUCCUCAUCGUGGAGAAGGGGAUCGACUCGGAGGUGUACAAAACGGCCCGGGCGCUGCGCAUCGUCCGCUUCACAAAGAUCCUCAGUCUGCUGCGCCUCCUCAGGCUGUCCAGACUCAUCCGUUACAUCCACCAGUGGGAGGAGAUCUUCCACAUGACCUACGACCUGGCCAGUGCUGUGAUGCGAAUUAUCAACCUGAUCGGGAUGAUGCUGCUGCUGUGCCACUGGGACGGCUGUCUGCAGUUCCUCGUUCCCAUGCUGCAGGACUUCCCGUCUGACUGCUGGGUCUCGCUCAACAAGAUGGUGAACGACUCAUGGACGGAGCUCUAUUCCUUCGCCCUCUUCAAGGCGAUGAGCCACAUGCUGUGCAUCGGAUACGGCAGACAAGCCCCGGAGAGCAUGUCGGACAUCUGGCUGACCAUGCUUAGUAUGAUCGUGGGGGCGACCUGCUAUGCCAUGUUUAUUGGCCACGCAACCGCGCUCAUCCAGUCUCUGGAUUCGUCGAGGCGGCAAUACCAGGAAAAGUACAAGCAAGUGGAGCAGUACAUGUCAUUCCACAAACUGCCGGCCGACUUCCGACAGAAAAUCCAUGACUACUACGAGCACAGGUACCAAGGCAAGAUGUUUGAUGAGGAGAGCAUCCUGGAGGAGCUUAAUGAGCCUCUGAGAGAGGAAAUUGUCAACUUCAACUGCCGUAAGCUCGUGGCCUCGAUGCCGCUGUUCGCCAACGCAGACCCAAACUUUGUAACAGCCAUGCUGACCAAGCUGAGGUUUGAAGUCUUCCAGCCUGGAGACUACAUCAUCAGAGAGGGCACCAUUGGCAAGAAGAUGUACUUCAUUCAGCACGGGGUGGUGAGCGUCCUGACCAAAGGAAGCAUCGGCAUGAAGCUGAUGGACGGCUCCUACUUUGGCG